AUGGACACCGAUAAAUUACGCAGAGAAUAUAGAGCACAGAGUGGACAUCUGCUUGAAGAGAACGCCUCGUCCGAUCCGUUUGAACAGUUUGAGCAAUGGUUCGCAGAUGCGAUUGCCGCUAAACUUGAUUUGCCGGAUGCUAUGACGUUAGCAACGGCAACGCCACAAGGGAUUCCAUCUGCCCGAAUGGUGGUACUCAGAGGCUUUGAUGCGAACGGUUUCUGUUUCUACACUGACUAUGAGAGCCAAAAGGGAAAGGAACUCGCGGAGAAUCCGAACGCCGCGUUGGUGUUCUAUUGGCGUGAACUCGACCGGCAAGUUCGGAGUACGGGUAUUGCUGAGAAGAUGAGUGCUGAAGAAUCAGAUGCCUAUUUCGCCAGCCGUCCCGUCGAGAGUCAACUCGCCGUGCAGACAGAACGCCAAAGUCUUGUGAUUGCGGGACGAGAGCACCUUACAGAGGGAUUCCAACGGGCAGAGCAGACAUAUUCACAGGAUACUAUUUCACGACCGCUUCAUUGGGGUGGGUACCGACUCGUGCCGAACCUGUUUGAAUUUUGGCAAGGGUGUCCAAGCCGCCUUCAUGAUAGGCUCUGUUAUACGCUAUUGCCCGAUGGAGCAUGGGAGAUGAAACGCUUGUCGCCGUAG